CGUGAGAUCUGUUCGCCGUUUGUUUCCUGCUACAGAGAAAAGCGGUGUCGAGACUGACCGGGAAGGCUGAACAACACCACCUCAUUCUAUAACCACAGUAUACAAUGAAACUGUUAGCAAUAUCUCCAUCUUUGGAUAUCCGUCUCGCCGCUGUUAUACUGCUGGUGAUGGGCCUCUCUACUCCAGGGCAAACAGAAAUCGUCAGUUUGGACUCAUCCAACAUCGACGAUGUCCUAAAUAAUGCUGGUGUAGCCUUAGUCAACUUUUACGCAGACUGGUGUAGAUUUAGUCAAAUGCUCCAUCCGAUUUUUGAAGAGGCGUCAAACAUUGUGAGGGAGGAGUUCCCUGAUACCAAGCAGGUGGUGUUUGCUCGAGUCGAUUGUGACCAACAUUCCGAUAUAGCUCAGCGUUACCGCAUUACCAAGUAUCCAACGCUGAAGCUAUUUCGCAAUGGAAUGAUGAUGAAGAGGGAGUACAGGGGUCAGAGGUCAGUGACAGCCAUCGCUGACUUCAUCCGUCAGCAGCAGGUCAACCCAGUUAAGGAGAUGCCCUCCAUUGAGGAGGUUAAUACCAUAGAUAGAAGCAAAAGAAACAUUAUCGGAUACUUUGAGACAAAGGACUCUGAUAACUAUCACACUUAUGAAAAAGUUGCCAACAUCCUGCGAGAUGACUGCACCUUCUUAGCCGCGUUUGGUGCCGUGUCACAGUCUGAGCGCUUCAGCGGAGACAAUGUAAUCUACAAACCUGUGGGCGAGGGCGUUCCUGACCUGGUCUACCUCGGCUCCCUCACCAACUUCGACCUGACAUACGCUUGGGCUCAGGACAAGUGCGUGCCUCUAGUUAGGGAGAUCACCUUUGAAAAUGGCGAGGAGCUGACAGAAGAAGGGCUUCCCUUCCUUAUCUUGUUUCAUCUUAAAGAAGACUCGGACAGUUUAGAAAAGUUCCAAAAUGAAGUUACCCGACAGCUAAUCAGUGAGAAAGGGUCUAUAAACUUCCUUCAUGCGGACUGUGAUAAGUUCCGCCAUCCUCUGCUCCACAUCCAGAAAACCCCUGCUGACUGUCCUGUCAUUGCAAUCGACUCGUUUAGGCACAUGUAUGUCUUCCCUGAUUUCAAAGACCUCGCUGUUCCUGGAAAGCUAAAACAGUUUGUUUUGGAUCUUCACUCUGGGAAGCUUCACAGAGAGUUCCACCAUGGUCCUGACCCCACAGACAGCACGCCUGGACAGGAGGAAACAGGCAAAGAACUGGCCAGCAAUCCCCCAGAGAGCUCAUUCCAGAAGCUGGCACCAAGCGAGACCCGCUACACCAUCCUCAGACGGGACCGUGACGAGCUGUGACCUGAACAGCCUUUCAGAGAUCCUGAGACUCAAUGCCACGCCCCGGGGUCAGGGAGGGGGUCAGGGUUGGGACAGGCCAGCAGGACAGAAGAAUAACACCCAACACCCUUACUAGAGAAAUUGAGAAUGGACAAGAAGGAAGACUGAAAAGUUAACAAACGAAGAUCAUAAAGCGGUGGGGGGGAGGGAGAGUGCUGUCCAUAACACAACAAUGUUGGAGUAAUCUAUAUUUUCAUAACUUAACCAUGCAAUUUUUUAUUUUGAAUCAGCAGGAUUGGUAAUAAGAAGCAGAUGUGUUUGGUCAGGGGGUAUGGGGCAUUUAGGACUUAAAGAGAAGUUUACUUUUAUUUCUUUGGAGGUUGUAAAUAUGUUUGCUACGUUGGAAUCACAAUAUCGGUCUAAGUUAAAUGCAGAGUUUUCUUUAUUUUAUUCAGUCUCUUUUUCAUGAUGAUCAACGAACUGUCCUCACUCCAUUUGUACGGUCCUGAUCUGUGGUUUAUUCAAAUUUAGCCUGGUCUCCAUACAAGAUGAUCCUUUACUAUCAUUAACCUCAUGGCUGCAUCUCAACACGAUCAACUUCUGUCUGAUUUCAUUUAUAGAGCACACG